UUUUUAAUUAAUAUUUAUAUUUUGGAUACGUUUGUGGGUUUUAAAGUGCCAAAAGUUUUAAAAUAAGACUGAAAACAUGGUAAGUAAAUUACCACAAGAGUUUAGAAGAUAUCUACGUAAUCGAAACCAGUUACAACAUAUUCUUGAAGAAACUCAACGAGCAUUAGAAGAUAUUAACCUAGAAAAUAUUUUUCCCGGAGAAGAUGUCACAGAGGAAUUGUUACCUCCUUUAACAUUAGAUAGAAUUACACAUAUUAUAGCAAAGUCUCCAGCUAUUAUAGUUCUUGGGCAAGAUAAUAAGGCAAAGGCAACAGUCGUUAAUACUUUAAUAUCUACCAAUAUUUUACCAGUAUGUAAUGGUUUAUGGCGAUGGAUUAGACUUACAUAUGGUCAAACAAACCAUAUUAGUCUUACCUUAGGUUUAGAAUAUGAAGUAGUUGAAAAUUUGCGAGCAAAUGAGAAACCUUGGAGUACACUUCCAAUUGAAGAUUUAACAAAAUCUUGUAAUGAAGAUAUAACUUGUCCAACGGUGCUUGAAGUCCAACUCAAUCAGCCAAUACUGAAAGAUGGUGUUCAAAUAUUUAUUGCUCCCAAUAAUGGGGCAAUAAAAAUUCUUGAGACAGAGGUAUUAUCUAUUUUACCAAUAUUUUUAUAUGCUCUUGGUGAACAACCUUUGACAGAACAAAAUUUGGAAGAAUUAAGAGAUUUAAAGGAAACUUAUCCUUUUAAUCCUGUACUUUUUAUAUCAUCUUUGGAGAAUAUCUCAUUGACUGGCAUUGAUCCUGAAUUGACUGAAUCUGAACAACAUAGACUUCAAAAUUGUCUACAUUUUAAUGAUUCCACAAAUAGAACUCAUGAUGAUGAUAUUGAUUUUGACAGAAUGAAUUCACUUGGUUUAACAUGGUUGGAUCAGCUAACAAACUUAGGUUUCCUUGGAAUGAAAGAGUCUGUUGAAGUUGAUCAACUAUCUUGGCUUGGUAGUGGACACUAUGUUAACUCUAGUGACUUAGUGGAUUCAUGCAAAAAAACAGAUCGGAUUAUAUAUUUUAUCCGUGGAUGUUUGCAAACUUAUCUUAUUAAUGCUAGUACUUACUUAAAUGAAGUACAUACAACGAGUCUAAGAAAGUUUGUUUUAAGUGCCUUUGAUAUGGUACGUAUGAUUCAAAUAACUCCUAAAAGAAUACAAUAUGCUCAACAGAGAGAAAAUGAACUCUAUGCUAAUUUAAUGAAAAUUGUUAAUGAAAAACAACAAGAACUGACUGAAUUAAUACAAAAUAUCAUUCAAGAAAUGAAAAAUGAGGUGUUAUCACAUAAAAAUAGUGUAAAUUUGUAUCAAAGCAUCCCUUUUAACAAUACUGAAAGGACAGAAUGGUCUGCAACUGUUAGAGCUGCAAUUUCUGAAGUUCAGAGAAUAGUACUUGGUCGUUUAGGAGAAAAAGUAGCAAAGCAACUUGUAGAUUCUGUCAAUUGUUUACGUGAAAGCUUUGUUGGUACAUUGCAACGUUGUUUAUUAAGCCUUGAAAAAACAUACGAACGUGAUACUUGUUUAUUAGCCAGCGAUGCUUUGAAACAAAUACUUUCGGCUGCAUAUAACAUCGAGUUACAUAAUUCGUCACCAUUUUCGAUAUAUUCGUUUUUAGAAAGAUUUAAUCUAAUAUUUAUGUCUUCGUCAUUGCAAUGGUCAUCAACUCACACUUUAGAUGUAGCUUGGAGAAGAAAGGUGACGAUUGAAAUACUUAAUUCCUUAUCAGCAUCAAAACUGGCCAAAAUAAUAUUAAUACAAUUUGGAAAUAAACUUGAAUCUUCACAUGAUUCAUUCCAAGCAGCACUUAGAUCUAUAGAAAACUAUUAUUCUGGGAAGUUGGAAAGAACAGAAGAACAAAGAAUAGCUAUUAGAAAAUAUCAUACUCCUAAAUUAGCUAAAUUAGCGUUAGAAUCAACAUCAAUGAUAGAUGUUGUACGUUAUGGAAUUCCUCAUUGUAGUGAAGAAAUUGGCCGUGGCCAGUAUGGAAUUGUAUUUGCUUGUGAUGGUUGGGGUGGUAAAUCUGGUCCGUGUGCAGUUAAAUCUGUUGUUCCAUCAGAUGAAAGCCAUUGGAAUGAUUUGGCUAUGGAGUUUUAUUACAGCAGAUCCAUUCCUGAUCAUAAAAGGAUACUGAAACUUCGAGGAUCAGUUAUUGAUCACUCUUAUGGUGGAGGCUUUGGUCUAGGGUCUGCAGUUCUUUUAAUAUCAGAUCGUUUAAGUCGUGAUUUAUAUUGUGGAAUACGUGCUGGUCUGUCUUGGCUAGAACGUGUACAAAUAGCAUUAGAUGUGUUAGAAGGGAUACGUUACCUUCAUUCUCAAGGACUUGUACAUCGAGAUAUUAAGUUGAAAAAUGUUCUUCUCGAUACCGAAAAUAGAGCGAAAUUAACUGAUUUUGGAUUUUGUAUCACAGAAGUUAUGAUGCUAGGAAGCAUUGUUGGAACACCUGUUCAUAUGGCACCAGAGCUAUUCUCUGGUCAUUAUGAUAGUAGCGUUGACGUAUAUGCAUUUGGAAUUUUAUUUUGGUAUAUAUGUGCAGGACAUGUGAGAUUACCAUAUGCUUUUGAAAAGUUCUAUGAUAAAGAGUUAUUAUGGACUAGUGUAAAAAAAGGUACACGUCCAGAAAGAUUACCUUCCUUUGAUGAUGAAUGUUGGAAAUUAAUGGAACAAUGUUGGUCUGGGGAACCAUCUAAACGACCAUUACUUGGAGCUAUUGUACCAGUGUUAGAAUCUAUUCAACAAAAAGCAGAAAGAAGCAAGUCUUUACAAGAGCUCUCUACACAGAGGCUACACGAAUGUUCAACAAAUAUAAAAAAUCCUGCAUUAGCAUUAGCAGAACCUUAUAAUCAAAGAGGUGCUAUAGUCAGUCCUCCUCCCACAAAACGUAGGACAAUGAGAGUUGUAAAAUACCAUCUUUUUCUUACAAAUUUAUGUAUUCAAAUGCGGGAAUUAUGAAAGAUUUUAUAUUCUUUGCUUUAUACUUAAAAUUUCGAAAUGAUCUG